CUGUGGAGGCAGUGGGGAAGGAAACAGCCACUGACCAAUAAGGGGAACCGCCGUGUUGGCAGAAGGCUUAGGGCUGAUAAAUUCCAUGGGUCUCAGAUAACACAUUCUGGAGACAACUCCCAUUGUCACCGGCAUAAAAGCGGUGCGGUGGGAGAGCAGGGCACUCUCCUGCCUCGGGAUCUCGAGCCGCUGAGGUGCAGCUUAGUUUGGGUCCUUGCUCUUCCUCCCCAUGGCCAGUUACAGCUUCAGGCAAACCAGCUCCUCCGUGGCGGGGGGGCCCGGCGCUUCCUCCCUCCGGUUCGGUGGCAGCUUCAGGGCCCCCAGCAUCCACGGGGGAUCUGGUGGCAGAGGUGUGUCCGUGUCCUCUGCCAGGUUUGUCUCCUCUGGCCUGGGAAGCGGCCUGGGGGGGGGCUAUGGUGGAGGCAGCUUCAGCAGCAGCUUUAGCUAUGGGGGUGGCCUGGGAGGUGAUGGCCUCCUCUCAGGAAACGAAAAGGCGACCAUGCAAAGCCUCAACGAUCGCCUGGCCUCCUACCUGGAGAAAGUGCGCGCGCUGGAAGAGGCAAACUCUGACCUUGAAACCAAAAUCCGAGACUGGUACCAAAAACAAGGACCAAGCCCAACCCGGGACUACAGUCCUUAUUUCAAGACAAUUGAGGACCUUCGAGACAAGAUCCUUGAUGCCACCAUCGAUAACGCCAGGAUUGUGCUGCAGAUUGACAAUGCCAGGCUGGCUGCAGAUGACUUCAAAACCAAGUUUGAAACUGAGCAAGGUCUUCGCAUGAGCGUGGAGGCUGACAUCAAUGGCCUGCGCCGGGUCCUGGAUGAGCUGACCCUGUCCAGAGCUGACCUGGAGCUGCAGAUUGAAGGAUUAAAGGAGGAACUGGCCUACCUAAAGAAAAACCAUGAGGAGGAGCUGAGUGCCCUGAGAGGGCAAGUAGCCGGUCAAAUCAGUGUUGAACUGGACUCUGCUCCAGGCAUUGACCUGUCCAAGAUCCUGGCAGAUAUGAGGGACCAGUAUGAACACAUGGCUGAGAAGAACAGGAAGGAUGCUGAGGCCUGGUUCCACAGCAAGACCGAGGAGCUGAACCGUGAAGUCGCUGUUAACACCGAACAACUGCAGAGCAGCAAGUCCGAGGUCACUGACCUGAGACGCACCCUGCAAGGGCUGGAGAUCGAGCUGCAGUCCCAGCUCAGCAUGAAAGCGGCGCUGGAAGGCACCUUGGCCGACACGGAAGCGCGUUACGGGGCGCAGCUGGCACAGAUCCAGGGGCUGGUUGGCAGCAUUGAGGCACAGCUGGCUGAGCUCCGAGCUGACAUGGAGCGCCAGAACACCGAAUAUAAGAUCCUCAUGGAUAUCAAGACUCGGCUGGAGCAAGAGAUUGCUACAUACCGACAGCUCCUGGAAGGCCAGGAGUCCCAGAUGUUUGGCUCCCUUUCGGGAACUGCCGACAAAAGAGACAAGCUUGGAGAUGGGAAACAGCACUGAAGGUCCUCCAAAGGUCAUCUGCAAACAGAAAAAGCAGGCAGCACAUGUGGAUUGAGACAGAGAACUCACUCUGAACUGCUGGAAAUGACUGUUAAAGCACAGAAGGUUCUUGGUCACACAAAGUUUAGGCAGAUUCAUUCACUUAGUGAUGAUUAGGAUGCAAAUUGGGUCAGCUUUGCAAUUAUUUCUAUGUUUUGCAUGUACUGAAUUGCUGCAUCUACUCAAAUAAAGAUGACAUUCUUGCAAUCUUCA